AUGCCAGUACCAUACGACUACACGCUCGUUCACGGAAAAGGGCGCACUGAGCUACGCUCGACUCUGUCCAUCAGGGUUCCUCGUAUUAGACAUGACGCCUACAAGCUUGAGCUCAUAUGGCACGUUCGGCUGCAGAGCGCAUUCGCCAGUGAGCUAUCUGCCCUACUUAAUUACAUGCGUGAGGUGGAGAUCAUUGGUCACUCUUCUCUCGUCACAGGUACCGAUUCUCCAUCCAUUCUGAUCCCCCUUGUGAUCAUUAUCACCGAGAAGCUGCUAAUCAGGAGUUCGCUGCAAAAGGCCUCGGAGUCCUUCCUUUACCUUGCGAUGUUGCCAUCAAUCAAAGAUUCCGACAGCUUACAGGCAGUGAUCGAGAGAUACAGAGACUCCAUGCACAUCCUCGAUCCUUCUCCCACGACAUCAUUCUCACGCAAAGCCCGCAUCUCUUGGCCGCCUUCUUUACACCACUCUGUAGCAAGAGACUCUGUCGGGGAAGCGUUCGUCAACCCACGGCAAUUUCUUUGA